GUCUCUGCCCCAUCCCUUUCGUGUGGCCCCCAACCCGAACCAGUAGCGCACGAAACCCCACCGUUUCGUCGUUUCCCGGCGCCUCUCCGGCCUCCUUCUGUCGCCACAGCAGAAGCGACUUCUCUGUCCUCCGAGGCCAACUCGCUGCCUGAGCUUGCUGGACCGGAAGCGCGAGGAGGGGAUCGGUGUGGAUGGUAUAGUUUCGGCUGCUCUGCAGGCGAAUCUUCUUACUAUGGCGAAAAGGACUGUUUUUUUAUCGCAGCGUACGCGCUCUGGGUAGGAUUCUUAAGCGGCGGAGGACGCCUUUGAACCGUAGAGAGAGGGAGGGGGAUAAGUGGUAGCUUUGCUGGUCCCUGAAGGCGAACGGCCGGGGUGGAGGAACGGAGCAGCCUCCUCGCUUGAGCGUGGCAGAUCGGAAGAGUGGUUCUCGGUUCCGCUUGGCCUAAAUGAAGGUUCCUACGGCUUGUGGAUUCGCGGGGAAUCCAGAGGAAGGAGAAAAGAAGAUAAUCGAUUCUGAGCUAUGGCAUGCUUGUGCUGGACCACUGGUUUCUUUGCCACCGGUAGGCAGCCUAGUGGUCUACUUCCCACAAGGCCACAGCGAGCAGGUCGCGGCCUCGAUGCAGAAGGAGAUCAAUGACAUUCCAAAGUAUCCCUCACUGCCCUCCAAGCUGAUUUGUGUACUUCUUGAUGUCACCAUGCAUGCUGAUGCCGAAACAGAUGAGGUUUAUGCUCAAAUGACUCUUCAGCCUGUUAACAAAUAUGACAGAGAAGCAAUGCUGGCAUCUGAAAUGGGCCUCAAACAAAACAAGCAUCCAGCUGAAUUCUUUUGCAAAACACUCACCGCGAGCGAUACAAGUACUCAUGGAGGAUUUUCAGUUCCCCGCCGUGCUGCUGAAAAGAUAUUUCCACCUCUGGACUUCACCAUGCAACCGCCAGCUCAAGAGUUGGUGGUCAAGGAUUUGCAUGAUGUCUCUUGGACAUUUAGGCAUAUAUUUCGUGGUCAACCAAAAAGGCAUCUACUGACAACAGGGUGGAGUGUGUUUGUUGGUACAAAGAGACUUUCUGCUGGUGACUCUGUUCUCUUUAUCCGAGAUGAGAAGUUGCAGCUUUUAUUUGGUAUGAGACGUGCAAAUAGACAGCAGCCUGCUCUAUCAUCUUCUGUCUUGUCUAGUGAUAGCAUGCACAUAGGGAUCCUUGCUGCUGCUGCUCAUGCUGCUACUAACAAUAGCCCAUUUACUAUUUUUUGCAACCCAAGGGCGAGCCCCUCAGAAUUUGUUAUCCCUUUCGCUAAGUACAACAAGGCAAUGUAUACCCAGGUGUCUCUUGGUAUGCGAUUCAGGAUGAUGUUUGAGACCGAGGACUCAAGCGUGCGACGAUAUAUGGGCACUGUUACAGGCAUCAGUGACUUAGAUCCUGUGCGGUGGAAAAACUCGCAGUGGCACAAUCUUCAGGUUGGAUGGGAUGAAUCAACAGCAACGGAGAGAAGGACCCGAGUGUCAAUAUGGGAAAUUGAACCUCUAGCAACUCCUUUCUAUUUAUGUCCACCCCCAUUCUUCAGGCGCAAUUUUCCUGAAGCACCAGGAGUCCCUGAUGCGCAUGAAGUUGAAAAUGCUUUCCAAAGGGUAAUGCCAUGGUUGAAUGAUGACUAUGGCAUAAAAGACACUCAGAGUGCACUUUUUCCAGGUUUAAGCUUGGUUCAGUGGAUGUCUAUGCAACAGAAUCAUCAGCUAAUGACACCAGCUGCUCAACCAGCACACUUUCCCUCAGCAAUUGCAUCAGCUUUGCAAAAUGGUUUGGUAACAGAAGAUCCAACUAAAAUGCUAAAUUUCCAAACACAUGGUGCAUCUGCACCAAGUUUGAAUUCUAAGUUAAAUCCUCAAACACAGCAACUAAAUCAGACUUUGCAACUGCCUCGUGAACUGCAGCAGCAGCCACAGCUGUUGCCACAAGCUUCUGCUUCACACCAUGUGCAAUUGCCACCACUGCAACAGAAAUCUAUCAAUCUACAGCAGCAACAAUUUCAGCAACAGGAACAGGGCCAACUACAGCAGCCUCAGAGUCAGCCUCAGCCUCAGCAACUUAGACCUGUUGCUGUUCAGGAAGCUGCAGAUCAUCAGCUUAUGCAACACCAGACAUCCAGUGGACAGAUUGUAUCUCAAACUCAUUCAUCGAGUCAACAUUUGCAGCCAUCUCUUCUGCAACUGCAAGAACUGCAAAGCUCGUGUUUAUCAAGCAUGGACCCUCUCCAUCAGUCUCUGCUACCUCAGAUCUUGCCGGUUCAAGAACCAUUGGAAUUGCAACAUUCUCUCCUACAGAAGCAGCAAGAGCAAUUGCAAUGCCUAAUGCAGCCACAGCUUCAGUUGCAGUUGCUGCAAAAGCUUCAGCAGCAACAAUUGCUCUCUCAGCUCAGUCCAUCAUUGCUAUCUCAGUUGCCGCAGCUUCUAGCUCAACAAAAUCAGCAGUAUCAAGAGCGGCGGGAUUUACAACAGCGGGUGGAUGGCUCCGGUAAUCUAUCACUCCAAUUGAAGCAAUUGCAUCAAGAACACAAAAUCAGUGUCCUUGGUAACCAAAAGUCUCCUCUACUUGUCAGAACUCAGUCUUCACUCAGUGGGACCAAGGGUCCAUCUUCAUCGAACUUUCCUUUAACUAACAGUCACAUUGUUUCAUUGAGCUUAAACGGUAAAACUCAGCAAGGACCAGCAAUUUUAGUUGAAGAAACAGUUGCACCACCUGUGGAUAAUAUGCUUCAGGAACUUCAAAGCAAGCCACAAGUGAUGAUCAAGCAUGAGCAGUUCAGUUUUAACGAGUCUAAGCUUCCCAAUCAGCUCCCUGUUGCUGAUCAAUUAGAUGCUUUUUCUACCACUUCUUUUUGUUUAGAGAGUAAAGUGCAUGAGGGCUUAUCACUUCCCCCUCAUUGCCUAGAUGGUAACAGUCAAGAUCAUCAGGACAACUUUCUUCUUGGAACAAUGCCAGAUACCCUGCUAUCAAGAGGCUUGGGUAUGGGGAAGGAAAUACAGAACUUGAUCUCUGGUUAUUGGCAGCAGAAAGACGUUGAUACAGAGUUGUCCACUGCAGAUAUCAGUUCUCAAUCAUUCGGUGUGGCAGACAUGUCUUUCAAGCCUGGCUGUUCAGCUGAUGUUGUGGUCAAUGAGGGUGUUCCUAAUAGAGGAGCAUGGGCUAACCAACAUCAACGCAUGCGAACAUACACUAAGGUUCAAAAGCGUGGAUCCGUUGGAAGGUGUAUUGACGUAACCCGUUACAAGGGUUAUGAUGAGCUUCGACAUGAUCUUGCUUGUAUGUUUGGGAUUGAAGGGCAACUAGAGGAUUCACACAGGACUGAGUGGAAGCUGGUCUAUGUCGAUCAUGAAAAUGACGUUUUACUUGUCGGUGAUGACCCUUGGGAGGAAUUUGUUAGCUGUGUUCAGAGCAUCAAGAUUUUAUCAGCAGCAGAAGUCCAGCAGAUGAGUUUGGAUGGUAACCUGAUUGGUUUAUCUGUGGGAACCGAGGCAUGUAGUGGGUCUAACAGUGGUAAUCCUUGGAGAGGCCAGCUUGAUGAUUGCUCAUUUGCAUCCUUUCAGCACUGAGUGAUACACUGGUAAAAAAACAAUCAAUGGCACCAUUCCAGAAAGCUAUAUAUAAUCUGCAUGGCUGGAAACACUGCAGCCACUUCAAGAGAGGCUUCAACCAUGAAAUGAGCAGGCAAAUUAUUCUGCAGAAGCCUUGCAACAGCUUCAAUCAGAUAUGUGAUCCCCGACAGAUGCAUGAUUUAUACAAAGAUGCAACCAUGUGUUGUGAUCUUGAGAAGAACCACGGGGAUUUUGUGUCAAUAAAUGCUCAUACGAUGUGCCAAAAAGAAGAAAACAAGAUAUGAGUUUGCCUAGUUUACAGCUUGAAGCAUAAUUUUGC